AUGACUUCUUUUACGUAUGGCACAACUUCGCUAUGGGCUGUCGGGAUAGCUACAAUUGCUGCUCUGCUACUUACAGCGUACCCCUUCAUCGUCAGGCUCCAGCCUAACCGGCGCAAUUCACGCGCAGACGGCCUUGAUGUUAUCUACGAUCCAUCAGAGAAUAAACCUACAGGUAACCUUCAAUUCGAAAUUGAGGGCAAAAAAGACCAGGCUAAGGUUCACCUCCUCCGAAAUUUACUCCCAAAGGCUGUCCUAACUGCAAGAAUUCUGUCCUUUUCUUAUAACUCCGACUGGCUGGUGGAUGCCCCUGAGAAGACGAUACUCGCCAAAUAUCGAGCCGGAGCUUUGCGCCUUCCCAUCAUCUUUAUUCGGUAUAGCUUUGGUGGUAUCGUUAUUAAAGAGGCCCUCUGCGCGUUAGAAUCGUCUCCGAAUGCGCUGGCGGAUACGUGCGGCAUUAUCUUUCUUGGAACCCCUCAUCAAGGUUCAUCAUUAUCAGCUGCGGGAGCUCUCCUGAGCAAGCUGACCGGCUUCCUCGGCUCCAACACGACGUUGCUUAUAGCCUUACAGAGCAAUCAAACACAACCAUCUGACCUGGAAGCUAAGUUUCGGCGUGUCGCUGCCGACAAGCAGAUCAAAUCGUUUUUUGAGACAAAGCCUACGUUUUUCGGGGGACUUUCUAUUGGCCUUGUCGUCAGUAGAGACUCAGCCACAGGCUAUUCGAAUGAUUCCGUCGGUAUAGACACCAAUCAUGCCGGGUUGAAUAAGUUCAACAGCCCAGAUCACCCCGGAUUCAAAGACAUCAAGGCCGCUAUCGAGAAAUUCCGGGCUCAGCCCAUUAUCGAGCAAGCAGACGACUUUUUACUCAAGAAGCACUACAACAGUGAAAAGCUCAUGAUCCAGAGGCUAUCGGGAAAGGAAUUAUCAAUAGACCAAUGCUAUAUUAAUCUUUCCAUCGUGGAGCAGAUACAGAGGGACAAGCCCUUCCGAAACGAGCUAGAAGCCAAAAACUCAGAACCAAAAUCCUCGCCAUUCUCGCUGCUUGCGCGACUCAAGGUUGAGACGUCAGCAGAGCAGAGUCAAGUCCAAUUGAAAGACCUUUUCAGUCGACGCAGAAGAUCCGACGGGACGGAAAUCUCACCUAGGAGGGUCUUAAUUCGCGGACGCGCUGGGGUAGGCAAGACCACCCUAUGUAAGAAGAUAGUGCAUGGUUUUGUCAGGAGUGGCAUAUGGCGCGACCUGUUCGACCGUGUGCUCUGGGUACCUUUGAGGACCUUGAAGGAGCGACCAGCUACCGGUUAUAAUCUCGAAAGCCUCUUCUUCGACGAGUUCUUUCGGCCUCGAGGAAAUAGGACAGGGGAGCUCUUCGCUGAGGAGACCAGAAAGGCGCUAAAGGACAAUCGAACACUCGCCGGCUCUGAUAUAUCCCGUUUUCUACGCAAGUUACUUCAUCAACCCAAUAUCAUUAUCACCUCGCGGCCGUCUGCUAAGCUAGAAACAAUUGGAUUCAACCCGGCUCAAGUGGACGAGUACAUCGAAGUAACGCACGUCAAAACGGACACUAGGAAGGUGGAUGAAAUAAAGACUUUCCUUCAAAGCCACGAGCUUAUCAGAAGUCUCGUUAGAAUUCCCAUGUAG